GGGCCGCCCAGGCUGGUGAGUGUUGCCUGGUGACGGGCCUGCCGGCGGCCGGCCGGGCGAUCAGCGGUCGGCGCCCGCGCAAAGCGGGGCUGGGCGAGCAGCGAGCUCCGGGGAGCGGAUCCGAGAGGGCCGAGUCCUCGAAAGAGGCCUUGAGGCGACGGGAGACCCGGGAUCGAAGUCAGCUGCCGGAGGGAGAGCCCCCCAUGCCGGCUCGAGAGCUCGGGUUUCGGUGGUGGAGAACGUAGUACCUUUCGGGGACAUUGGACACUACUCUAGGACCGGGUAACUAUAACUACCCAAUAUUGCAGCCAUGGAGUCCAUGCUUAAUAAAUUGAAGAGUACUGUUACAAAAGUAACAGCUGAUGUCACUAGUGCUGUAAUGGGAAAUCCUGUCACUAGAGAAUUUGAUGUUGGUCGACACAUUGCCAGUGGUGGCAAUGGGCUAGCUUGGAAGAUUUUUAAUGGCACAAAAAAGUCAACAAAGCAGGAAGUGGCAGUUUUUGUCUUUGAUAAAAAACUGAUUGACAAGUAUCAAAAAUUUGAAAAGGAUCAAAUCAUUGAUUCUCUAAAACGAGGAGUCCAACAGUUAACUCGGCUUCGACACCCUCGACUUCUUACUGUCCAGCAUCCUUUAGAAGAAUCCAGGGAUUGCUUGGCAUUUUGUACAGAACCAGUUUUUGCCAGUUUAGCCAAUGUUCUUGGUAACUGGGAAAAUCUACCUUCCCCUAUAUCUCCAGACAUUAAGGAUUAUAAACUUUAUGAUGUAGAAACCAAAUAUGGUUUGCUUCAGGUUUCUGAAGGAUUGUCAUUCUUGCAUAGCAGUGUGAAAAUGGUGCAUGGAAAUAUCACUCCUGAAAAUAUAAUUUUGAAUAAAAGUGGAGCCUGGAAAAUAAUGGGUUUUGAUUUUUGUGUAUCAUCAACCAAUCCUUCUGAACAAGAGCCUAAAUUUCCUUGUAAAGAAUGGGACCCAAAUUUACCUUCAUUGUGUCUUCCAAAUCCUGAAUAUUUGGCUCCUGAAUACAUACUUUCUGUGAGCUGUGAAACAGCCAGUGAUAUGUAUUCUUUAGGAACUGUUAUGUAUGCUGUAUUUAAUAAAGGGAAACCUAUAUUUGAAGUCAACAAGCAAGAUAUUUACAAGAGUUUCAGUAGGCAGUUGGAUCAGUUGAGUCGUUUAGGAUCUAGUUCACUUACAAAUAUACCUGAGGAAGUUCGUGAACAUGUAAAGCUACUGUUAAAUGUAACUCCGACUGUAAGACCAGAUGCAGAUCAAAUGACAAAGAUUCCCUUCUUUGAUGAUGUUGGUGCAGUAACACUGCAAUAUUUUGAUACCUUAUUCCAAAGAGAUAAUCUUCAGAAAUCACAGUUUUUCAAAGGACUGCCAAAGGUUCUACCAAAACUGCCCAAGCGUGUCAUUGUGCAGAGAAUUUUGCCUUGUUUGACUUCAGAAUUUGUAAACCCUGACAUGGUACCUUUUGUUUUGCCCAAUGUUCUACUUAUUGCUGAGGAAUGCACCAAAGAAGAAUAUGUCAAAUUAAUUCUACCUGAACUUGGCCCUGUGUUUAAGCAGCAGGAGCCAAUCCAGAUUUUGUUAAUUUUCCUACAAAAAAUGGAUUUGCUACUAACCAAAACCCCUCCUGAUGAGAUAAAGAACAGUGUUCUACCCAUGGUUUACAGAGCACUAGAAGCUCCUUCCAUUCAGAUCCAGGAGCUCUGUCUAAACAUCAUUCCAACCUUUGCAAAUCUUAUAGACUACCCAUCCAUGAAAAACGCUUUGAUACCAAGAAUUAAAAAUGCUUGUCUACAAACAUCUUCCCUUGCGGUUCGUGUAAAUUCAUUAGUGUGCUUAGGAAAGAUUUUGGAAUACUUGGAUAAGUGGUUUGUACUUGAUGAUAUCCUACCCUUCUUACAACAAAUUCCAUCCAAGGAACCUGCGGUCCUCAUGGGAAUUUUAGGUAUUUACAAAUGUACUUUUACUCAUAAGAAGUUGGGAAUCACCAAAGAGCAGCUGGCCGGAAAAGUGUUGCCUCACCUUAUUCCCCUGAGUAUUGAAAAUAAUCUUAAUCUUAAUCAGUUCAAUUCUUUCAUUUCCGUCAUAAAAGAAAUGCUUAAUAGAUUGGAGUCUGAACAUAAGACUAAACUGGAGCAACUUCAUAUAAUGCAAGAACAGCAGAAAUCUUUGGAUAUAGGAAAUCAAAUGAAUGUUUCUGAGGAGACGAAAGUUACAAAUAUUGGGAAUCAGCAAAUUGACAAAGUUUUUAACAACAUUGGAGCAGACCUUCUGACUGGCAGUGAGUCCGAAAAUAAAGAGGACGGGUUACAGAAUAAACAUAAAAGAGCAUCACUUACACUUGAAGAAAAACAAAAAUUAGCAAAAGAACAAGAGCAGGCACAGAAGCUGAAAAGCCAGCAGCCUCUUAAACCCCAAGUGCACACACCUGUUGCUACUGUUAAACAGACUAAGGACUUGACAGACACAUUGAUGGAUAAUAUGUCAUCCUUGACCAGCCUUUCUGUUAGUACCCCUAAAUCUUCUGCUUCAAGUACUUUCACUUCUGUUCCUUCCAUGGGCAUUGGUAUGAUGUUUUCUACACCAACUGAUAAUACAAAGAGAAAUUUGACAAAUGGCCUAAAUGCCAAUAUGGGCUUUCAGACUUCAGGAUUCAACAUGCCCGUUAAUACAAACCAGAACUUCUACAGUAGUCCAAGCACAGUUGGAGUGACCAAGAUGACUCUGGGAACACCUCCCACUUUGCCAAACUUCAAUGCUUUGAGUGUUCCUCCUGCUGGUGCAAAGCAGACCCAACAAAGACCCACAGAUAUGUCUGCCCUUAAUAAUCUCUUUGGCCCUCAGAAACCCAAAGUUAGCAUGAACCAGUUAUCACAACGGAAACCAAAUCAGUGGCUUAAUCAGUUUGUACCUCCUCAAGGUUCUCCAGCUAUGGGCAGUUCAGUAAUGGGGACACAGAUGAACGUGAUAGGACAAUCUGCUUUUGGUAUGCAGGGUAAUCCUUUCUUUAACCCACAGAACUUUGCACAGCCACCAACUACUAUGACCAAUAGCAGUUCAGCUAGCAAUGAUUUAAAAGAUCUUUUUGGGUGAGGUGUCUUACUUCUAUUUUGAAGGAUUAUUUCAGUUUCAAUCAUGGGUGAGCUGAUUUACAUCUUUAUAUAGUUGGCUUGGAGGAAGUACUUCUAUGGGAAAGUGAACAGUUCUGUGACAGGAAACAUCUCUGUCCAUGCCAGCAUAGUAGUUGUAUGGACUUCUAACCAGUUGAGUUUUUUUAAAGCAUUGAGGAUAUUUUUCCUCUUACCAACUCCUCUUCAGGUUUUUAAAGACCCAGCCCUUCCCAAUCUCAAAGAGAAAAAGGACAACUGAGUUAUCUUGAAUAACAUAACUUUUUAAUCAAAUGUUUAUUUUGGCUUGUGGAUCUUGGUGUUAUUUAAAAAAUUGAGGUGAUGGUCAUUGCAAGCUCAUCUAUUAAGUACUAUAUGGUACACAGUCUAUGAGUCAUUAGUCUUCAUUUUGAUAUGUAAAAAAUCUUGAUGCUGUAUUGAUUUGUUUGCAUUUAAGAUGACAGUGAGAAAAUGAUAAGCAUAAAGAGAAGUAUCAGGUUAUUUGCUUUUUCCAAACUUCUCAGAUGAACUAUUGUUUAGUACAGAGACUGAGCAAAUACUACAAAAUUCAACUUAACCUUCAUUUCAUUGGUUUAAAUGCGUUAUUAACCAUCUUAAGUGCAAACUAAUCAUUGUAAAUUAUAUUUUAGCAUGGUCUGCCUCAAAUAGUAAUGUAUUUUUCUGCAUUCACUUGGAUAUCUUUAGAAUCACUUUUUUCCUCCUGUAUCAAGGAAGAGGUAUGUGCUGAUUUGUUUGGAUAUUUGACAAGGCACUCUGAUGUGACUUCCCUGACUACUACCUUCAUAUUUCAUUUCAAAUUCAAACUUCUGAGGUUGCAGCAUAUAUGAAUUGCGUUUUCAAAAGAAGAUUUGUAAGAAUUAAACUAUAUUUAUGAGUAAAAAAAAAAAAA